UCUCUCAAGUUUUAGAGCAUGCGAGUGCGAGACAGAAAGAAGUGAAAAAGUAGCAGUAGACGUUUUUCGAUAUUUUACACGACAAUUUUCGACUCGAUGUAUUUUUACUCGAGCAGACUGAUAGAAGGUCAUUUCUGACUGCUCACUGGUAACACAAAUAUUGUCCAAAAAAUCAAACACCAUGACAGAGGAUAUGUUAGGUGCAGAUAUAUGUCGGGUCUGUCGGUCAGAGGGCCUGGCAGAUAGACCACUAUUUCACCCAUGUAUCUGCACAGGCAGCAUAAAAUGGAUACAUCAAGAAUGUUUGGUGCAGUGGAUGAGAUAUUCGCGCAAGGAAUAUUGUGAACUCUGUGGCCAUCGCUUUUCAUUUACACCUAUAUAUAGUCCAGACAUGCCACGUCGUUUGCCACUAAGAGAUGUCAUAGGUGGUUUAUUUUCAAGCAUUCUCACUGCUGUAAAGUACUGGUUACAUUACACAUUAGUGGCAAUCGCUUGGCUAGGAGUUGUCCCUUUGACCGCAUAUCGUACAUAUAGAGCUUUGUUCAGCGGUCCAUUGGAUUUAGUACGGAUAAUGUCGCUGCCAAUGGAUAUGCUUUCUACAGAAAAUAUUUCUUCGGAUGUAUUUCAUGGUUGUUUUGUAGUCACUUGCACCUUAUUUGCAUUUAUUGGUCUGGUAUGGUUGAGAGAACAGAUCCUACAUGCGGGCGGUCCCGAUUGGCUCGAGAGAGACAAUGUGCAGAUACCAUUAGUUGAUAAUCCGCCGCCGGCAAAUGCACAACAGCCGCAGCAAGCUCAAGAAGAGCAACAGGCUAUGCCACAGGAAGUUCAAGACAACAACAACGUCCCACCUUUUGUCGAUCAUCCACCUAUCCCGCAAGAAGGAGAGCCACGUAAUGAAGACCAACACCCUGUGUAUCAAGGAGUAGCGGAUAACGUGAUUGACAAUCCGCGAAUCGGCGAGCCAGAUGAUCUGGCAAGAGACGCGCAGGCACCGGUUCCCGCUCCGCCACCACUUCCAAUCAGGGAGGAACUUGGUGCGGACGAUGCACAAGCGGACGCUGUGGCUGGUGAAGGCUGGAUAAGGGGACAUGUGGUACAAGCGCACGUAGUGGCUCAACCGCAGGGCGAGGCCGAGGAGGCCAAUUGGAAUCCCAUGGAGUGGGAUAGGCCCGCCGAGGAACUAACCUGGGAGCGUCUGUUAGGAUUGGAUGGAUCUCUCGUUUUUCUCGAGCAUGUCUUCUGGGUUGUGUCUCUGAACACUCUGUUUAUUAUGGUAUUCGCCUUUUGCCCCUAUCAUAUCGGUCAUUUCGCGAUAGCGGGAUUAGGAUUGCAAGAGCACGCGGCGGCAUCGCACUUCGAGGGUUUGGUGACUACGUUGUGCGGUUACUGUGUCAUUGGCGUUUGCCUAGUGAUUCUUCAUACUCUCGCCGCACUGCUAGGCUUUCAACGUUCUCAGCGAAUCCUCGGGCUCUGUUAUGUGAUUGUCAAAGUCUCCCUGCUCUCCGUUGUGGAGAUUGGUGUACUUCCAUUAGUUUACGGCUGGUGGCUAGACAUCUGCUCGCUGGCGAUGUUUGACGCCACCCUCAAAGAUAGAGAAUCUUCUUUUAGACUCGCUCCCGGCACGUCCAUGUUCAUUCAUUGGCUGGUAGGGACGAUCUAUAUGUAUUAUUUCGCAGCGUUCAUUCUUCUGUUGCGCGAGGUUCUGCGACCCGGAGUCGUCUGGUUCGUGCGCAACAUAAACGAUCCCGAUUUCUCCCCUAUACAAGAGAUGAUACAUCUUCCCAUAUUGCGGCACGUACGGCGAUUACUCGCGUCCGCAAUCAUAUUUGACACGGUGAUCCUGUUGAUGUUGUGGCUACCUGUGAAGAUUCUCAGAUGGGCCUGGCCGGGAUUUCUACCGUACACUGUGACCGUGCAAAGUGAGGCUCAAGUGGGCGAGCUCUCGUUGGAGCUCCUGCUGUUGCAAGUGAUUCUACCGGCGUUGCUGGAGCAAUCACACACACGCACAUGGCUCAAGGCUCUCGUGAGGGCAUGGUGCCGCGUAGUAGCAUGGAUGUUGGAUCUGCAGUCGUAUCUUCUGCGAGAGCAGACGGACGAUCCGGAACCGGCGGUGAUUGAGGAGCCACAACAUCCCGACUUGGGCGCUGCACAUCAGGCGUUGCUGCAACGAGAGGGACCCACGGGAUUCCAACCGUAUGUUAGACCGCGUUGGUUCCCCGCGCGACUGGUUGGUCUCGUGCUCUGCGUCUGUGUAUCCCUUGUGAUCGCCAGUCUGGUGGCCAUGACGCUACCCGUAUGGCUUGGACGUAGAGUGAUGGCGUUGUGGAUGGUAGGAGCGCCCGCUCCCUCGCCACCUGUAUUACCGCCAACGUCAACCGGAUCCGAUGGCGGCGAAUCUGUGGGGCCUCUCUCCGGAAGGGUGCACGAAGUGUAUACUGUAGCUUGCGGCACAUACGUAUGCUGGGCUGCGGCACGAGGCUUGGUACUGGCAUUCUCCUGGCUGCCUCGUGGUCGUAGGGCGAUUCUAGACCGAGUUAAGCACUGGGCGAUCCUAGGCAUGAAGGCUUCGCUGGCGUUUGUGCUGUUAGUCGGAGUGAUACCGCUCCUAUUCGGUCUUUUACUCGAGUUGGUGGUGGUAGUACCGUUACGCGUCCCGCUCGAGCAAAACCCUAUCUUGUUUAUCUGGCAAGAUUGGGCGUUGGGUGUGCUAUAUACGAAGAUAGCCACCGCUGUGACAAUGAUGGGGCCCGAUUGGCGGAUACGCUUGGCUAUUGAACGCGCGUACAACGACGGUAUCAGGGACAUGGAUCUGAAAUUCGUCGUUACAGAAUUGGCGGCACCGGUCAUAUGUUGCUUCGGUCUCGCCCUCGCGGUUCCUUACGCCGUGGCCUACGGGAUAGUUCCCCUUCUAGUGACCAAUCUACAGACUCAGAUCCUCAUCGCCAGACGCUUGUAUCCUUUCCUUCUUCUAGUGAGCCUGGUCUGCGUGGUGAUCGGCUUUCAGAUACGUCAGUUUAAGAAACUGUAUGAGCACAUUAAAAACGACAAGUACCUUGUGGGGCAAAGACUUGUCAAUUACGAGCAUCGCAAUAAAUCGCAGACGCAGCAACAUCAGUCGCAGAGGUCAAGCUAACGGUGUCAUUAAGCAUAAUAUUUGUUACGGUGGAAGAUGAAUUAGGAUUAGCUUCGUGUACAUUCUUUAACAUCUAUGAUAAAUGAUAAUUUAUAUUUAGUCACGAUUUUAUUUUUAAUAUUAUAAUUUAUCGAUGUAAGAGCGAUACCAAAUAAAAGAAAGAAAGAAAAAAGGACUGUUAUUCAGUGUGUAUUGUUUCUUGCUUAGAUGCUUCACAAUUCAAACAUUGUAUUCCGUUGUGAUCGCGUUAUCUGAGUGAAUUUAAUGAAUUUUUACUCUUUAUUGGCUACUGACGCCUCGAUCUAUCUGCAGCCGAGAGCAAGCAAAAAAACAAGUAUGAUGAAUUCAUCGAAAAACUGUUUCUUCGUUCAUCCGACAGAAUCAUCGAUUCUACGGUAGCCCAGAGUAUAUUUAAUAUAAAUUUUUAAUAACACUGCAAAUGUAAAGGUAUAGAAUAUCGUCUUUCAAUCUCUCGAUUGAGAUUUCUCUUGAUCCUAGAUUGAUAAAGAAACAAAGAUAUAAAAGUAUAUUUGUACCGUUAUCAAAUCAUCUGGGAGCGCAGGAUGUAUAGAAACAAUUCUGAUUCAUUCGUUUGAUAGGUAGAUUUAUAGAAAUUUGUACAUCUGACAGGUAAUCAUUUUGAGCAAAUCAAAUAUUUUGUUACGCAAAUGAUACAGUACAAAUAUGUACGCAAAUGAAAUGAAAUGAAAUCUGAAAGUGUAUAUAUCCGCUCUGACCGUCAAUACAGGUUUAUGUAGUAUUUAUGUGUAAAUCAUAUAAAUAUAUUACAACACACGGUUCGUAUGAUCGGGUGCAUUAAUUUCGCUGAUCCGUUAGCACUUGCAAGAUUUCACUGAUCUUUUUCAUUGUAAUAAAGCUCGCUCAAAAAACACACGAAAACGGAACGGAUGCACCAGAUAACAUUAAUGCAUCCAAUUGUACAUGUAUAUGUCGUAUUUACAAUAAAUUAAUAUUUUAAAACAGCAAUGCUUGUCCUGUAUUGUCUGCAACGCAUCUACAUGUCUUGAUCUUAAUUUGUGAAGUAGUUCAAUGACGAUCAA